GUGGGCGCUCGGGAGGACGGACAUGGCGCGUGAGCUGCGGGCUGUGCUGGUCUGGGGCCGCUGCCUGCGGGCGCCGGCGCUCGCGGCCGCCGCGAGAGGAAAACCAGUUCUGUGUCCUUGGAGGAGCCCUGCACAGUUCAGGAGCCCCAGACUCAACCUGGCUUCGAGCUUCCACGUUGGACGGCUGUUCAGCUCACAAGCUGCUGAGGACCGGGAGGAGGAGCCCCUGCACUCCAUCAUUAGCAGCACAGAGACCGUGCAGGGUUCCGUUUCCAAACAUGAAUUCCAGGCUGAGACAAAGAAGCUUCUGGACAUUGUUGCCUGUUCCUUGUACUCAGAAAAAGAGGUGUUUAUACGGGAGCUAAUCUCCAACGCUAGCGAUGCCUUGGAAAAACUGCGUCACAAGCUGGUGUCUGAAGGCCAAACGCUGUCAGAAAUGGAGAUUCACUUGCAGACUGACUCGGAGAAAGGCACCAUCACGAUCCAGGACACAGGCAUCGGGAUGACACAAGAAGAGUUGGUGUCCAACCUGGGAACAAUCGCCAGGUCCGGGUCAAAGGCCUUCCUGGAUGCGCUGCAGAGCCAGGCCGAGGCCAGCAGCAAGAUCAUCGGCCAGUUCGGAGUGGGUUUCUACUCAGCUUUCAUGGUGGCCGACAGAGUCGAGGUCUAUUCCCGUUCGGUGGGCCCAGACAGCCGUGGUUACCAGUGGCUUUCAGACGGUUCUGGGGUGUUUGAAAUCGCUGAAGCCUCAGGAGUUAGAACCGGAACCAAAAUCAUCAUCCACCUCAAGUCAGAGAGCAGAGAGUUUGCCAGCGAGGCCCGGGUUCGAGAUGUGGUAACAAAGUACAGUAACUUUGUCAGCUUCCCCUUGUACCUUAAUGGAAGGCGCCUUAAUACUUUGCAGGCCAUCUGGAUGAUGGACCCCAAGGCUGUGGGCGAGUGGCAGCAAGAGGAGUUCUACCGCUACAUUGCUCAGGCCCAUGACAAGCCCCGCUACACCCUGCACUACAGGACAGACGCACCUCUCAACAUCCGCAGCAUCUUCUAUGUGCCGGAAACGAAACCAUCCAUGUUUGAUGUGAGCCGGGAGCUGGGCUCCAGUGUUGCACUGUACAGCCGAAAAGUCCUCAUCCAGACCAAGGCCACUGAUGUCUUGCCCAAGUGGCUGCGCUUCAUUCGAGGUGUGGUGGACAGCGAAGACAUCCCUCUGAACCUCAGCCGGGAGCUCCUCCAGGAGAGUGCUCUAAUCAGGAAACUCCGAGACGUUCUACAGCAGAGACUAAUAAAAUUCUUCAUUGACCAGAGUAAAAAAGAUGCUGAGAAAUAUGCCAAGUUUUUUGAAGAUUACGGCUUGUUCAUGAGGGAGGGCAUUGUGACCACCGCUGAGCAGGAGGUCAAGGAGGAUAUUGCGAAACUGCUGCGAUACGAGUCCUCCGCCCUGCCUGCUGGGCAGCUGACCAGUCUCCAGGACUAUGCCAGCCGCAUGCGGGCCGGCACCCGCAACAUCUACUACCUGUGUGCCCCCAACCGGCAUCUGGCUGAGCAUUCGCCCUACUAUGAGGCCAUGAAGCAGAAAAACACAGAGGUUCUCUUCUGCUACGAGCAGUUUGAUGAGCUGACCUUGCUCCACCUUCGUGAGUUUGACAAGAAGAAGCUGAUCUCUGUGGAAACGGACAUCGUCGUGGAUCACUACAAGGAGGAGAAGUUUGAGGACGCGUCCCCAGCUGGUGACCGCCUAUCAGAGAAGGAGACAGAGGACCUGAUGGCCUGGAUGAGAAAUGCACUGGGGCCGCGUGUCACCAAUGUGAAGGUGACUCUUCGACUGGACACCCACCCUGCUAUGAUCACUGUGCUGGAGAUGGGGGCCGCCCGGCACUUCCUGCGCAUGCAGCAGCUGGCCAAGACCCAGGAGGAGCGGGCUCAGCUUCUGCAGCCCACGCUGGAGAUCAACCCCAGGCACACGCUGGUCAAGAAGCUCAGUCAGCUGCGAGAGCGAGAGCCUGGCCUGGCUCAGCUGCUCGUCGAUCAGAUCUAUGAGAACGCCAUGAUCGCAGCCGGGCUUGUUGAUGACCCCAGAGCCAUGGUGGGCCGCCUGAACACCCUGCUCGUCAAGGCCCUGGAGCGACACUGACAGCUGAGGGGCCCGGUCCUGGAGUGCAGGACAGCGGCCUAUGAAAGCCCCAGGUCUUCCCUGCAGUGUUAGGGCUCCAGCAGAGAUGACGACUAGAACCGUGCGCUUCUGCUGUGGGACGAGGCAGCCUGAGACCAGCCGGAGAAGGAAGGACUGGAUGCCACUGAUGAGAACACCCCUUUUCGAGCUUUAUUUACUUA